AUGUUCACGAUCUCCGCUUGCGGCAUUGAUUUUGUAUUUUUUGGCCAAUUCUCCGAUGAUCAGGUUCUGACUCAAAACAAAUCAAGAUCUACGCUUCAAGAUGUGCCAAAAGGUUUCCUCAUGGUGUAUAUGGGGAAGGCCCAGAAGAAAAGGUUUCUAGUUCCUGUUUCCUACUUAGGCCAGCCUUCGUUUCAGGAUUUGCUGAGCAUGGCUGAAACACCUAAAAUCUAA